CGGCUUGUCAACGAGAAAUUUCUCUUCAGUUUUGAUAGAGAUUUGUCCUAAAGAAAAGUUAGCGCUGGGGUGGGGGGGGGAGAGGGCUCCUACAUCUAUGGGGGAGUGGCGUCCGGACCCAAUAUCCUUACAAGUGGAAGCAUCAUCCUUGCUCCUUUCAUUUCAUAUUACAUGAAGUUUCCACUACAGUUCAUAAUAUUGGCCGUUUGGGGUGUUAAAAUGGCGGAUUUAGGAGUGAAAAGAGUGAUAAAAAUUGCUUUCAUUUCAAGAAUAUUUUCGCUUCUGUUACAGGUAACAUAACAUGACUCAAUCACGGUACUAGUUAUAAUAUUUUAGAUCUCGCGUACAAUCUGCUUACAACUUGAGUUGCACGUCUUACUGUGUAAAAUCAAGCACACAACUCGCCCGCGUUGUCGCAGACUCGCAGUUGAUUUAUACCGUGAGUUGUGUGCUUGAUUUUGCUUGAUUUACGCAGUACAACUCGAGUUGUAAGGGACUGGUUAUUAAUUACAGGGGGAGGGAGGCCGGUGGAAAAAGAGGGGGGGGGCAGGUAUUUUUGUGCAUGAAAAAAGGUGGGGCCAAAAAUUUUUGGACAAUAUAAAUACCUGCCCUCACCCCUUGUUACCCUGUCGUGCCAUAAAACCUACAGAUAUUAAAAAAUAGAGAGCAGUAGAACUGUACACCAACACAACACCAUUUAUUAAACUGAUUUCAACAUAAACAUGUACAUUGGAACAGCCAUUGACUCAAUAAAUGGUAAAGAAUAUAUAAAUUACGAUACAUGUAUAUAGGCCGGGGGGGGGCAACAACAUUUUAACAUCUAAUUUUUCAUUUCCACCAGCCCCCCUGUAAUUAAUGACCGGUCCCUAAACAGGUUGUAUGCAGCAGUUUUGGCAAAAGUUGUGCAAUGUAAAUAGGCCUUUAUAUUUUGUCUCUUAUGGUAUUAAAAUUAAUAUGUAUUUAUUAAUGGAGCUUCAUAGACCAGAAAAUAUUUAAUGCACUGUCAUUGAUUGCAUAUCAGCCAUGCAUGCAUUAAUAGAUGGAGUACAAUAUAAUAAUGUAGGGUGCAUUAGGGCACAAUGCAACUAAAUAGGUAGACUUUCCAAAGUCCUUUCCAGACCCUUCUAUGGCGCGCUUCGCUUGUUCCCUCCCCCACGCCCUCCCUCCCCCAUGGUCGACUUGUGGCAAGUCUACUAAAUAGGUUGCCAGGACACUUGGGCAGAUUAACCCAUUAAGCACCAGCACUCUCCAAUUGGUGAGUAAAAUCGUCUGGCAUUAGACAGAGUAAAAUAAUAAAGUAGGGUGCUUUGGGAUGCAAUACAACUUAGUUAAUAAGUUAACAAGACACAUGGGCAGAUAAUCUGAUCCCUUGACAAAUAAAGUCAUCUGUCAUUAGACAGAGUAAAUUAAUAAUACGUAACAUAGGGUGCAAUGCAACUUAAUAGGUUAGUUACCUGACCCCAUGGCCGGAUUUGCACCUCCCCUGGGAAUUUUUGCACCUCCCCUGAAAAGUCGUGCAUCUCCCCUUGGGGACGUUUCAAUGAUGGAUCAACGUGAAAAUCUUUUGGUUGCUCAGGGUCUACACAUCGUAAGAAAGUUUUUCCUGUAAAAUUGAAACAGUGAUACAGUAGCCAUUCGUCUACGUGUCAAGUGCCCUUUUAAUGCACUGUUUUGAACAAAUUUUGUAGUAAUUGUAAUGAAGGGCAAAAUUGGAUGAGUUAUACAGUCAUUCAUUAAUACACUGGAUACAUAUGUACACCACACGCAUAUGUCACGUCAUUGACGUUGGCCCGUUCUAAGCACUAACUUUCCAUGGGGGUCGUGAGCUAGACCGCUGCACCUCCCUAAAUUGUUUUCCACAUCCCCCACUAUUUCCACCAAAAUCCAGCCUUGCCUGACCCAUUGGUUCAUGUUUUCUUGUUCUAGAAUGUAUCAAACAACCUACUCGUCGACUACGACACUUCGGUGGAACACUACCCCUGUCACCCUAACACCACCAACAGACCAUCGCACAAACAAAAUACCAUCAUCGACCAACUCAUCUCGUCAAGCCUCGACGGGCUCUCAAAAUGGGACGCUGUAUACUUCCUUGAUAUUGCACGAAAUGGCUACCAGUACGAACAGAACAUGGCCUUUUUUCCUCUGUUUCCUCUAAGCGUUCAUACUUUUGGACUUAUCUUAACACCCUUAAAACUUCUACUAAAUCUUAGUGAUAGAUCGAGGCUCUUACUUUCAGCAAUGUUUGUUAAUACCGUUGCAUUUACAAUAGCUGCUGUUGGUUUGUACAAACUAACCCAGACUAUAUUUCACAGUUCAAAGCUAGCUCAACGAGUCGUGGUCUUAUUCUGUUUCAAUCCAGCAAGCGUAUUUUUCUCAGCUGCCUACUCUGAAAGUAUCUUUGCGAUGACACAGUUUUGGGGCAUGUUAUUUCUCGAACGAGAUCACCAUCUUACCUCGGCUCUUAUAUUCGCCCUGGGAACAACGGCACGGUCAAAUGGUUUAAUUUCAUGCGGGUUUAUUGGCUACAAAUGUCUUCAAGAAAUAACCCCUUUAUACCGUCUAUUCAUGCUAAAAGGCGAGCGAAUACGACCAAAGACUGUGGUUUUAAAGUCUCUAAAAGUUACAUCCUUUUUAUUCAUAAUUAUUCUGCCAUUUUUGCUAUUUCAAUAUUACGGUUACCAUUUGUUUUGCAAAAAUCCUCAAUUUUCCCCUUGGUGUGAUCAUUACCUACCCAUACCUUACUCCUACAUACAGAAACAUUACUGGAACGUAGGAUUUUUGAAAUACUACGAAUUAAAACAGGUGCCAAAUUUCGUCCUUGCCUCGCCUGUCGUGGUUUUGUCAGUAGCUGGUGUUUAUGAAUAUUUGGCACGUCAAACCAAGAAAGAUAUUUUGUCCUUGGGGCUUUGGGUGGUAAAGAAGACGAAUUCUUUGAAUAUCUUUGUUUAUGUGGUUCACUUGGGAUUUCUGUUGGCGUUUGGUAUCGCUUCGAUUCAUGUUCAGGUGAAGUGGUACAUUCUAUUUACUGUGGCUAUGCAAAGUACCCUUAUACAAUGUUUCCUGGUUUGCCCACCUUUGGGAAACAUGGCUAGGAAAAAAUGUUUCCUGGUUUGUCCACCUUUGGGAAACAUGGCUAGGAAACAAUGUUUCCUGGUUUGCCCACCUUUGGGAAACAUGGCUUAGAAACAGUGUUUCCUGAUUUGUCCACCUUUGGGAAACAUGGCUAGGAAACAAUGUUUCCUGGUUUGCCCACCUUUGGAAAACAUGGCUAGGAAACAGUGUUUGUCCAUCUUUGGGAAACCUGGCCAGGAAGCAAUGUUUUUUGGGAAACACAGUGGCGUAACUACUAUGGGCGCGGACCGGGCGAACCCGGGGCCCCCCAACCCCAAUGGCCCAAAUGAGGGCCCCCAGGUUCAGGCUGUAGAGCAAAAACAUUGGCCAGGGCCUCUGAUAUGUCACAAUGUCGUUUUCUGACCAUCAGAAUCUGUAAAAUCUCACCCCAAAGUCGGGGAAAUGCCAUUUCAGAGCUUCUAGAUUCAACAAUUUUCCGGGUGAGCAUGCCCUGAACCCCUAGAAAACUUGUGCAUAUACGGCGCUCAACUCGUGCCUUUGGCACUUCUACUAGGGGGGGGAGCCUUCGAAACUUUUGAACCGGGGGCCCCCUGAUAUAACGUUACGCCACUGGGGAAACAUGGCUAUAUAUAGGAAACAAUGUUUUCUUAUAUAUUUUUCAGGUAGUGACUCGCUUCAUUUUGUCUUCAUCUCCAAUGGUCUACUGGAUAGCCGUAUCCUGGGUAACACCGCCAAGUCGUGACGACAGCAAGAUUCAUUCUAAUCUCAAAGCAAACUUUGUUUAUAUCUAUUUUCUCCUAUUUUACUGCUUGGGAUAUUUACUUCAUUGUAAUUUUUACCCUUGGACAUAGUUUCUAAUAUGAAACAUGAAAUUCUUCUUGUAUCUGCCCCGUACCCAGACGCCCCUUCGCCCAUCUAUUCCCACUACAAUACUUCAUGUAAACUCGUCCUAUGCGCAUCACUGUUUUUUUCAGUGGCGAAGCCAGCCAAAAAU